UGGCUGUAUGUAUAUAUGCGUAUCUGCAGGAGAACGGUAGCGCAGCCGCCGUACGCCCGGCUCUUGCGAGUAUACAUUCGGCGUUAGCGUGCGGCGCCGCUCAGUAUCUCACGUGGUGCAGUGGGCGAGCGGGCCAUGAACUUCAUCCAACUCUCGUCAGCGUUCAUUCUCUUGACGCUGUGGAGCGGAGCACAGGCGGAGCAGUUCGUCGAUCCUAACGUGCCAUCCGUGAAAUCACCUCUACCUGUGCAAGAGGUGUUGCAGACGAAGACAGACCUAUGGACACCCGCUGGACAGGCGGAGGCAUUUCCUUCGCAAGAGCAUUUGCAACCGGAGACGGACCUAUGGACAGCUGCUGGACUGGUGAAGGACCUUUCGCUGGGUGCUGCGCCAGUAGCCCUGCUAAAAGUCGCUUACGGCAGUACGCCGGUCACUAUUAAUGGUACGCUGACGCCCGAGCAGACAGCUGAAAUGCCCGAGGUAGCUCUGGUCGGCGCCAUAAACUGCAUGCCACCGUUCGCCCUGGUCAUGUUGGACCCGGACGCGCCGAGCCGCCAAAAUCCUAGCCUACGCAGCUGGUUACACUGGAUGGUGAUCAACGCCAACACCACGCGGACGCUGCACAAGGGCGAACAGGCGGUAGAGUACAACGGUCCAACACCGCCCGAAGGAUCGGGACCACAUCGAUACGUCUUCUUAGCCUUCUGUCAAGGCGGAAAGCGUGUGAAGGCCUCGACAGUGAAGACCAGGCGACGGAAGAAAUUUCAUCUGAAAAAGUUCCGUAGGAAAAUUGGCGACACAGUGCCGUUCGGCGGCACCUUCUUCUACGCUGAAAAUGUCAGAAUGCUAAAAAGUCCUCCGACGCUCUUUACGUGACUACUGCAAAUAUAACUUUCACGGAGCGAAGGGUGUUGCAAUCGAGAAGCAAUCGUUUGGGGGACGCCGUACGUACCUGUGAAUGAUUCCAUGUUCAGGUGUCAUUGAACAUUUUCGGAAGCUCGUAGCAAUGAUGGUAAUUACGGUGGCGGAGUGAAUAGAAUGUUAACAGUCGUCGCCGUUUGUACUUCGUCAAGCGUUUUUGCAUGCUUUCCGCGGCCGCUUUGCAGCAGUCUGCCGCGCAUUUACGCAUGUUACUACUGAUCUAGUUAUGGAACUAAUUAUUCAUAGCAACUUGUGUUCAUUUGGCUUGCCAGAGCAUGGCCAACCAGGGGCGUAGCCAGAAAUUUUUUUUUGGGGGGGGGGGGAGGGGGGGAGGUGCUCAACGAUACUUCAUGUAUGUUUGUGCGUGUGUUUGUAUGUGUGCGUGUAUAUAUAUAGGCAAGCAAAAUAAAAAAAUUUCGGGGGGGGGAUGUUGACCCCCCCCCCCCCUGGCUACGCCCCUGUGGCCAACGAUAAUUAAGAUGCACUAACAGAAACAACUAGAGUGAGUCAUCGUUCGUGUAAUUUUUUGCGAUGUGUCAUAACAAAUGUGAAAGAUACCGGCAGGAUAUGUGCUCUGCGUCAUCGCCAUUUUGAUCCAGUAGUGUGCUUUGUGACACCAUUAUUAAUACUUCAUCCCGAACCACAGCAAAUCAGCGUGGGUAUGGUGGCCCUGCGUGCCGCGUAAGCCGUCCCACGUUACAGGUGUUUACAAUAUCUGGAACGAAUAUGAAGCAACGUAACAAAAGGUCUCGGUUCAAUGCCGAAUUAUGGCAAAACUUCGGCUUAGCAGAAAAAAGCUAUCAGUAAUAGGAGUUACAAUGGCAUAACAAGCGUUGAAGGUUCAAUUAUUCUGUCGAAGUAUGUCCUUUUGUGGCGCCGCCCAUGCGACCGUUUAAAGAGGCAACUUGCAUGCAAGGUCUUUCAGUCCAUUGUAGUCAUUUAUAUGAUGGCGUAUUCCAUAAAUUAUUGUUUCCACAUGACUAGGCACUAGUGCGGCGGCUGUUGCUACAAAUAUCGAGCGUUUAAAAAGGAAACCUGCACCAUUUUAGCAUAACCUAUUGUUAGUUCUUUGAUUAGUCUCGCCCCUCGAUAUAACAGAUAAGUUGUGGUUGCAUGGUGUGCGAGGUGCUUACGCUUCUAGCAUUGUAGCUUUCACUUUAACGUAUCUCUCUCAUAUACCGGCAAGAGGUCAAUGCAUCCUAAAACGACGCUUCCAUUCCUCGAACGAUGUCAUGUUAUUUAUCAACAUCUAAAUAGUCAGGUUAACGGAAUGUAGCUAGCCCGAGAAGAAUGAAACUUCUUAACGUAACGUACGUAAAAUGUACCGGCAGGACGUGUUGCAGCAUUUCGAGAUAGGAAAUUCCAGUGGGCUAAAGAAGAAAAGGUGAGCAAGUUGGCGAAUAUUCCACGGCAAAAGGCACGUCUCGUAUUCACGAGAAACGCGUUUCAUUAAGGCUGUUAGUAUGAAGCGAUGCGCAUGAUUCGCAACGUUUUAAAUACUACGAGAUUCAGUAGUUCACAAUGACAAACCGCACUUGCGAACGCAGACCUUUUUGACUGCGGCUCAAGAAGACAAAACCGAACGUGAGAAGAGCGCACAAGACAAACACUUGCUGAAAGUUUCAUUCGGAAAGAUGCGAGUUAUGGGAAAAACCUAAAGGAUAAUCAGUAAGGCGGAGCAC